AUGGACUACGAAAUGGAUAUCGAGCCCACCGGGCCCCAAGUUACUGUUAGAGAAGCCGAGCCCUACCGCGUCGACUUCAAACUCGCCAGCGUGGACCUCUCUCUUGCAAAUGCCCUCCGUCGCACCAUGCUCGCCGAGGUGCCCACCGUUGCCAUCGACAUCGUCGAAGUCGAAGCGAACACCUCUGUUCUUCCAGAUGAAUUUCUCGCGCACCGAUUAGGCUUGAUCCCACUGAACAGCAGGAACUGUGAUCAGGACAUGGAGUACAAUCGCGACUGCACAUGUGAGAGCUGGUGUUCGCGAUGUAGUGUGCGGCUGACGCUACACGCUCGUUGCAAUCAAGCCGACCAGGUCAUGGCAGUUUAUUCACGCGACCUGGUGGUCUCCGGCGAUAGAGCGAAUGAAUGGGUUGGCAACCCUGUUAUCACAGAUCCGGAAGGCAAAGGCCCGUUGAUUGCCAAGUUGAUCAAAGGGCAAGAGCUUAAAUUGUCGUGCAUUGCUCGCAAAGGUAUUGCGAAGGAGCAUUCGAAAUGGGCACCCACUUCUGCGAUUGGUUUCGAGUAUGACCCGCACAAUAAUUUGAAGCAUAUCGAUUAUUGGUAUGAGGAGGACCCGGUCAAAGAAUGGCCUAUUUCAGAGAAUGGAAAAUGGGAAACACCCAACCCUCCCGAUCAGCCAUUCGACUACGAUGCGCAGCCGAGCACAUUCUACGUGGACGUGGAAUCUAUCGGCAACCUCGAGCCAGACGUAAUUGUGCAGCAAGGCAUCUACACGCUGCAAACAAAACUAGCAACAAUAAUGGACACGCUCACGAACCCCAGCGGCCCCGGGGCUCAGGUUAACGGGUUGGGUGAUACAGAGGACGACAUGGCACUGGGCGGGGUUCGCUCGCCAGAUGCAUACGAGCCGCCUGAAAUUGAUGCGGCUUUAGGAGGCGGGUUCACUGCGUAUGGUCAGGCAGCAAAUGGCGGGAAUAGAAGUGCUUGGGGAGGUGGAGCGACACCGUAUGGGGCUACUCCAUACGGUGCGACUAACUACGGUGGAUAUUAA